AUGCCGCUAUCAUCCAGAGGCCGCUCUUCACGUCUGCAAGGCGCAAAACCGGCGGACUCAGAAGAGCCCCUACGCAUCCCCGGGCCGGAGGUGGAGCAACGUUCUAACGCGUCGUCGUCUUCCUCUUCAACACACGCUGGACCAUCCAGUCCUGCAGCUGGGAGCACGGAGCCCAGGGAGCGUGUGGUAAUUGUAGUAUACGACUUGGAUGAGGAGUCACCUAGUGAUCAGAAAGCUGGAAGAAACACUCGCAAAAUCGAAGAAAUAGUCCAGAAACUGCCCGGGAAAGCCUCUCAGAAAGCACUCGAACUGUGCACCACCGCCACCCCAAAGUCAAUCAACACCAAGACCAUCGGAACACCGCCUCCCGCACCACGCUCCUACGAAACCACCGGCGACAAGGCCACCGCAGAGCUUGUCGUCAGAGCCGCGGACCUAUCGACUGCGGAAUCGUGGGUCCUUACCGGAGCCGUCAUCGGAACCACCACUGGCACGAUCGACACCAAAUCUAUUGACGCAAACGCGACCAGGAAGGGCGGGGAAAUUUCAGGCACAUUCGACGUCAAGUCAACCAUCGAGUUCACCACCAGGAACCCAUCAACACCUCCACCGUCCAAGGUUUUCCCCGGUAUACAAAGGUCCUCCGCAUCACCGCUGCGAGAAGGCGCCGAACCCGAUGCAGCAGGAACUGCAUCCUCAACGUUGGCGUCGAGAGUAAGUCCAGCUAAAACAGCAACUCCCGAAACCAUCAGCCAUGCAAGCUCGGAGGAGGAGGAAUCAUCGGGUGAAACUAUUUCCAGUGGCUCAAAUACGGGCAGGGCUUCCAAAAAGGCAUUCAGAUUUGUCUACCGGACGCGAGAACGACGACAAAUAGGCAAAGACAGCAUAAUGCACGAAGGAGAUAGGGAAUCGUCCAGUGUGAGCCAAGAAGACCAAAACACCGUCGACCGUUUUCUGAUGCUGGCGAGAGAUAUAUGUCGACAGUCACGCGCCUCGCAGCAAGAAAAGGCCGUAGCCGAGCUGAGGCAGGCCGCUGUCGAUGCAGCGGAGUGUGACAGUCCCGAUCUUGAUCCAAGUCUGCGAGACCCUUUCGAGGCGCUUACCAAAGCGAGACGGAGAGAUUACAACACCGGGAAGCCAUCUUCAAUAGAAGGGAAAAACAAGGGGGCCCCCGCACCUCGAGAGCGUCUUUCAAACAUCUCGAUGAAGAAAUCCGUACAGCCACUAGAAAGACACCUUGACAAGAUAGGCGUGAGUUUUCUUGCACCAAACCUUCGGACCGUCAGGACCGUUGAGAGCCGUAAGACCCGCAGGACCCGCAGGACUCGUGGGGGCGGUGACGGCGACAUAGACGAUAAGUCCUUAGAUGCCGAUAUCUUGGAGUUCGAGCAGCAACAUAUUUUGGACCGCGGAGCCAUGAAAGAACAGCGCAAGUGCCAAGAAUUGAUAUGGCUUUGGCAGGGUCGUAUCAAGAAAUUUGUCAAGCGACCGGAAAUCCUCAAGAGCAACGUCCUAUACUUCUUUGUGCAAGAUCGUUUUGAACCCGAGCGCCAAGUUGACUUCAAGGGCAUGAAGAACUGUCUCGCGGCAUGGAAAAAGGAGCAACAGCGUGGGUGCCGAAUGUGCAAGCUGGCUGAUCCAGAGAGUCGGCACAGUUGUUUGGAGAAAGGCUUCAAAGACCUGCCCCAACCCAAUGAUCGGGAUCUUAUUUUCGCGGGACUGAUGGCCUACGCCUUUCAUGAGGUGACUGGGUCAACUCUGUGGCACUGGGCCCUCGACGGGAUCAUAAAACCGCGAUAUGAGGAGUCCGAGGCAGCCAACUUGCAAGACCCCGGCUUCUGCUUGAUUUGCUUUUGUCACCUAUGUCCGAUUCACGGAGCAUUCGACCAGCCCUCUAGCGACGAGGAGGAUGACCUGACAUUACGCAGAGCACUCAUCAACGAUGAUGAAGGUGGUCUUAACAUACGCAAGUUUGUGUCACGCCCUAGUGCCAAGCUCAGCGCUCAGGAGAACGCUCACGCUCACCUAUGCGGCAUAUUCUGUGUAGAUCCCUCCACAAGUUUGCGAGGUCUAAUAGGGAGACAGCCCGACGGGACCAUCAAGGGCGCCAGCCGGACGCCGGAAGAUUAUAUUCGACCCGUACUAGCGGAUAGCGAGUUGUGCCAGUCGACAUGCUUCUGGGAUAUCAACAACCGCCGUGAUAUUAUGCUAUCAGACGUUCACUUCCAACCAUUCUUGCUGGAUUCCCAACGAGAGAGGACUGAGCAGCUCCUGAGCUUCUAUCUCCACAAUCAACGAGCUCCUUGCCUCAUCUCACGAGCACUUGGGAGCGUUACCUGCACAUUGGUCUUCAACCAUAUCAUCUUCUUGACCUUCAAAGUCCAGCACCCUGCCAUUCCACGCCCUGUCUCUGCGCAGAUGAUCGAUCAGCCACAUCCAAUCCCAACAACAGGCCAGAAAAGUAAGAAGACGGAUUUUGAGGCAAGUGGGGACAUGAACAAACGUAAACCGUUCUUCCCUUGUUCCCACAAGGGGCCGUGCAGCAGCGACAACCCGGCGUGCUCAUGUGCGGCCGACAAGGUACACUGUGAAUGGUUCUGCGGAUGUGACGAGUCUUGCAAACGACGUUUCUGGGGGUGCAGCUGCAAAGCUAAAGGGAGAAAGACAUGCUUUCAGGACAGCAACUGCGCGUGCUGGAAGCUCAACCGUGAAUGCGAUCCGCAUCUCUGCCUCAAAUGUGGUGUGCUUGAUGUUCUAGAUUCUUUCAAUAAGUACCGGAACGACGUUCGACAAGGUCGCUGUCGAAAUUGCCAGAUCCAGUCGAAUCUGCCUGCUAGGACAAUCAAGGCUCCCAGCCAGAUACAUGGCAACGGACUUUUCAGCGGCGUCGACUAUGCCAAGGGUGAUUUUAUCGGUGAAUAUGUUGGAGAGAUCAUUAGCCAAAGGGAGGCCGACCGGAGAGGCGUACUCUACACUCUUGGAAAGCGAUUAUAUCUCUUCACCCUCAACGCGACACAGGAGGUUGACGCGUACUAUUACGGCAAUAAGAUGAGGUAUAUGAACAAUUCGGGUAAGGACGAGCAUAUCAACGUGGUGCCCUACAGUCGUUUGUGCGGUGGGGUGAUGCGGCUCGGACUGUUUGCCAAACGAAAUGUCCGUGCCGGGGAAGAGCUGCUGUGGAAUUAUGGUUUCGGCGAGGAAGUGACCAAGGGUUUCUGGGAACCAGGAGAGAAGCCGCCAAAAGACAGACAGAGUCUGCCUUCUCCUCAGCAGCGUCUCACAGGUACAAAGGGAAGAAAUACGCGAGCAAAAGAAAGCGUCGACUCCGCCACCCAGGAGCAGAGCAGCCAGCGUAGCCAGUCUCCCACAGAGCCUCCGCCGCAGAGGCGCAAGAGGUGGAUUUCUAAGGUUCCUGAGGGCACGAAAGCAGAUUCGACCACUGAUGACGAGGAAGCGGACAGGGCAGGAGGGGCAAAAGAGCGAGCUAUCGAAAUCCCUGAUUCAGAUGAUUCAGAUGAUUCAACUCAUGACAAUCGUGGCAAACUCGCGACGAAGAAUGUCCAAGAAGCCCAAGCAGCAAAUGCACAAAACGACGAAACGGCGACGAAACGGCGACAGUCCUCGACGCCAAGGGUACAACACUAG